UAACCCCCAGUGUUUCCCAGCCACCACCUCCUAAGCCCCCCAGAAAUGUCCCUCUCAAUUCCCCCCAGCUGAUACCUCAAACCCGACAAAAAGCCCUGGCCAUGGAGUUCGUGGAAUUCAUAACAACCCCAAAAGUGGACGGAGUGAUCCUAACCGAGCGAACGAACGAGAAGGUCCCCCGGCUGGAAGGUACCCUCUGCCUGAGCAGUCACCACCUGCUGCUGUCCUCCCGCCAGGACCACCGCAAGGAGCUGUGGCUGCGCUACAGGAACAUUGACCAAGUUGAGAAGAAGACCAACAGCCAGAGUCCAGGGGGCUGCAUGCUCCUCAAGUGCAAGGACUUCCGGAUCCUCCAGCUGGAGAUGUCCUCCAGCGAGCACCUGACGAACAUUUCCGCAUCCCUGGAGAAGCUGUCCUCCCUGGACCAGGCGGACCAGUACCCGUUCUUCUACAGACCCCAGGCGUCGGAGGUGAAUAAAGGCGAGGACGGCUGGUCGUCCUUCACGCCGGUCUCCGAGUGGUCCAGACUCCUGGCGACCCAUGGGGACGAGUGGAGGAUCAGCUACCUCAAUCGAGACUACAGAGUCUGCAACUCCUAUCCAUCAGCAAUAAUCGUUCCUCGACUGAUCGACGACAACGUGAUCAUGUCCUCGGCGGCCUUCAGGGACGGCGGACGAUUCCCCAUUCUGUGCUACAGGCACGAGGGGGGGAGUAUAUUGUUCAGGGGGGGACAGCCGAUGUGCGGAGCCACUGGGAAACGCUGCAGGGAGGACGAGAAGCUACUGAACAUCGUCCUGGGGGCUGGGAGGCGAGGGUACAUCGUGGACACCAGGUCCACGAACCAGGCGCAGGCAGCGAGGGCUCGGGGGGGCGGCACCGAGAUCGACUCGGCGUAUCCCCAGUGGAGGAAGGUCUACAAGGGCGUUCCCAGGCUCGGGGAGCUCGCCGAGAGCCUCGGGAAGUUGAUAGAGAGUUGUAACGAUGUGGCUUGUUCCAGUGGACAGUGGCUCUCCAGGCUGGAGAACUCGGGGUGGCUGGGGGCUGUUCAGGGGGCUAUGAAUGCCGCUUGUGUGGUCGCUCAGUGCUUGGAGCAGGAAUUAGCUGCUGUUCUUGUGCACGGAUCAAGUGGUCGAGACUCAACCCUGGUGGUGACCAGUCUCGCCCAGGUAAUCCUGCACCCGGCGUCUCGAACAAUUCGCGGUCUCCAGUCGCUCAUAGAGCGUGAGUGGCUGCAGGCAGGCCACCCCUUCUACACCCGCACCCGCCACUGCGCCUACGCCCCCACCCAAUCCCACAGCUCCCCCCACGCCCCCACCUUCCUCCUCUUCCUGGACUGUCUCUUCCAGCUGCACCACCAGUUCCAGUACAGCUUCGAGUACACGACGGACCUCCUAGUGGAGCUCUUCAAGCACGCCUAUUCCUCGGAGUACGGCACCUUCCUGGGUGACUCCGAGUGCGAGAGGAUAUCCCUCAGGCUGGCCGAGAACACCAGCAGCCUCUGGCCACACAUCAACAAAACCGAGAAUCUAGACAAGUGGACGAAUCCUCUCUACGAGCCGAAUCCCAGUGUCAUCUGGCCUAGCAUAGCACCAAUCAGUAUUCGUCUCUGGAAGCAGCUCUACCUCCAUCACACACCUGUUGCCCCCUGGGAUGACUUCGUCCCCUGCGUUAGACACUUGAAACACAAUUACUCGUCUGUUAAGAAAUUCGCUGGACAAUUGCGCGAUCAGGUGCGUCGGGCUCUCGACGAGAUUGACGCGCAGCAGGACGGCACCUCAUGCAUCAAGGAUGACGAGCAGAUGCAGUCCUUGUGCCUGGGGAAGUUGAAUCUGGAGACGCAAUCCGCAUAAUGACGACUGACUAAAAUCUUCAGGAAGUGAAAUGUUGAGAGAGACUCAAUUCAGAAAAUUGCAUUUUAGUUUUUCGAGUGUAGCUCGGAAUCUGGGGGAGAUGGCGAAAUUUUCGUGGAGCACUUUUUUGGGGGAAAUUUAAUUCCCGAGAGAAAAGGUCUUGUGACAUUUUUUCGUAGACCCACUCGUUUGUGAGUUAUGGGGUAAUUAGUGAAAGGGGUUCAUCGACGAAAUGUCAGAAACUUGAAGAGUUGAUUGUAUCGAGUUGGAUUUAGAUAUUGAGGAGAAAUGAAUUAGUUGAGCCAUUUAUUACAAUUUCCUCGUGCAUCAAGGAUGACGAGCAGAUGCAGUCCUUGUGCCUGGGGAAGUUGAAUCUAGAGACGCAAUCCGCAUAAUGACGACUGACUAAAAUCUUCAGGAAGUGAAAUGUUGAGAGAGACUCAAUUCAGAAAAUUGCACUUUAGUUUUUCGAGUGUAGCUGGGAAUCUGGGGGAGAUGGCGAAAUUUUCGUGGAGCACUUUUUUGGGGGAAAUUUAAUUCCCGAGAGAAAAGGUCUUGUGACGUUUUUUCGUAGACCCACUCGUUUGUGAGUUAUGGGGUAAUUAGUGAAAGGGGUUCAUCGACGAAAUGUCUUCAAGAAACUUGAAGAGUUGAUUGUAUCGAGUUGGAUUUAGGUAUUGAGGAGACGUGAACUAGUUGAGAGGGUCUAGAGCCAUUUAUUACAAUUUCAAAUACGAAGUUAAUAUGUACAUACAUAUGAAAUAAUCUUCGAUUUACGUAGAUUCGUACUGAGGAAUGUCAAUAUCGUGUAUAAAUUAUUUAUUUUAGCUCCAUUUAGAUAUAAAUUACAGUAUUGCAUGUCUAGAUUUUCACACGUAGUUUCGUAAUUUGGUGUAAUGAUGGGGGAAAUUCAGAGGAGAAUCCACCUCUCGCAUUUUCAAAUAACAAAUUAUUUUGAAAACGAGUGAUUCCAAAAUUUCACAAAAAACAAAAUUAAAAAAUGAGAUUUUCCUUGAAAACUCGUGAAUUCUCUUCUCGCACCCCUCAAAAAUUUCGAAAAAUGUUAUUUACAGUUAAUCCCCAGUGCAGAUGUGUAAAAACCCACCAUCAGUUAUCAACAAUUUGUAUAAACAAUUUCCAAAAAUUA